AUGCAGCCAUCUUUGCUUCUCGUUCUUGCUGGGUUCACCGCAGCCACGACAGUCUCCCAGACCACGGCCACCUCCUCACUUCCAACAACGCUACCUGGGCUUGUAUCCAAUGUUCCUUCAUGUGCUCUGCCAUGCUGGAACAAAGUCAGUACUGAGAUCGGCUGCGAUACUGGCAACUUGAAGUGUUUGUGUGAGACUCCUGGCGAGCUGGAAGUAAAGAUGGGGAUUUGCAUUCUUUCCAGUACAUGCACUAGAGACCAGCUUGGCGACACGAACGCCGUUAUCGAACCGAUUUGCGACGCCGUUGGCAAAUCUCCUAGCAGUGAGGCGAUUGCAUCUGCCUCUAGUAUCAUCACUGGGGCUGUAGGCAAAGCGACUGCGACGGCUUCCUCCACCCAUAAGCCCACUUCAACCAACGCUGCCAGCCUUUCGGGCCCGGGAAUUGGAAUGGCUAUGGCUGCCUUUGCUGCCGCUAUCGUCAUAUAA